AUGAGAGCGCCUUAUAAUGGCAGUGCCUUAGACUACAAUAACAGCACUAUCAACAGACAGUAUUAUGAUGACACCGGUGUACCCGUCACGGAGGACUCGAUCAGGGAGCUCACUAGAGGCUGCUCCCGUGGGCCAAAGGGUAGGAGUGAGUUCCGACCUAAAGUGGUGUUACUGGAUGAAGCAUCGACGUCAUCUCUCAAGGAUUGGGAGGCAAGUCUAUCUAAAGAUGAUGUAUCCAUUGUAGAUGGCGUUAGUGCUCAUUUUAGUACUCUUUGGUGUUUCAAUGUUGGUCAUUUUAUGUAUGAUAAUGUUUAUCCACUAUGGGUCACUAUACUCCGCUUUGGGUACCUCAAGGAGCCUGUCAAUAUACUUGCUUAUGAGAGUGUUAAUGCUACUGAGGACGAUGUUAAGGAUUGGCAGCAUUGGGGUCUCCUCAAGGCUUUAUCGCAUACUAAUAGGAGUGGUCUAACUACGACUCAACUUGAUACUCCAUUGAAUAGAUUCCAACGACUAUUAGUGGGUUCAAGAUGGAUGGGGCAUCGCGAUCAACAGAGGCAUAUGGGCAUGCCAGGGUCCUAUUCAUAUGAGAAUGCUUUCUAUUGGUAUGGUCAGAGGAUAUUAGCUGGUUAUGGUAUAUUGGAUUGGAAUACCGCAUUGGAUAUGAAUACUCCUAUUGUGGUAGAUGAUGUUAAUAAGAGGUGUAAAGGGGUUAUUACCGAUAAUAAAAGGUUCUCAGAUAAUGAGAGGACAAUGCUCAAGACAUUGGCUGAUGAAUCAGAACAACUCUUUGGUUGUAAUAUAACCUUCCUUAGUUGGAAAGACUACACUUUUGAGGACCAAAUUAGAUUAUUCGCUGAUACCAACAUCUACAUCAGUGGUGUUGGUACUGGUCUUACUAGAUGUCAUCUUAUCAAACCUGGUGGGGUUAUCGUACAGCUUGGUGAACUGGACCGCAUUGGCAAGCCUGAGAGGUAUCAGGUCUCGUAUAGAGAUGUCCAUAUGGCUAUUGGUUCUCCCCAUCUCAAUUCUGUCUAUUACUCUCGUAGACUGUGGAAUACCUUUGGUAGACUAGUACGUGAGGGUGUGGUUGAUGCUAUCAAUAGAGGCAUCAGUUUGGCCCGGAGUGGGUAUCCCAUACCAAGACCAUAUAAUGAUGGACUAUCACCAACAUCACAGAGCUAUGAAGACUACUGUGCUGCUAGCCCUGAUGACUGUAGAGCUCUUACUGAUAUCCGUAAUGGUAUAUCCCCUAUAGAUGGUAAAUGGUCGAGUAGUGGUAUGUGUGAAUACUGUUCUUGGGUGGACUUCUUUGGUAGAGGGCCGUUGUGGACUGGUUUAGGCUGCAUGGACAAGGAUCAACUCGUGCACUGUCCAUUGAAUCGUGCAAGAUGGGAAACAUUAGCGUCCCCUGAUGAGGGCAUUGCAUUCGAGCCGGAAUGCUACGAUAAAGCCAAGGAUCACAUGAUGGAGGUAUAUAACACCACAGUCCACCACACUGUAGAGGUUGAGAGGAACCGUCGUCUUAGGAUCACAUCUAGACUACCUUUCCUGUCUAUUUUUGAUACAGCAUUAGAGCGCAAUAAUGAAAUCCUUAAUGAAUUGUUAGAUAUCCCCCUACCUGACUGUCCCUUUGUGCCACCCACUGAGCCCCACGAGUGUGCUUGUUGA